ACUUUGCCACUGGGUUGUUCAUCCCCCAGUUUCCUGAGUCCUCCGAAGGAGCCAGCAUGAGCGAUCUCCUUUGCAGUUUUAGAAGCAGGUUUGUUGCCAUGGAGUUCACAUUCUGAGUGGACUUGAGGACUAUAAAGGUUAACAGUUUGUUUUUGGUUUCAAAGAUCUGGCAAAUAGAUAGGCUGCUGCUCUUCUUCUGGAAAAGCCAGAUUGGUAAGAUUCCUUUAAGGGCUCAGCCCCAAAGUGUUUUAUCCCAUCCCCUCAUACUCUUGAAAAACUAAAGCUUGCGGAGACCUCAGAAGGAAAACCUGCCCGGUUUCUAUCACUGCACACCAAUGGCUAAUCCUGGAGGUGGUACAGUCUGCAAUGGGAACCUUCACAAAAGCCAGAAGCAGAGCAAUGGCUCUCGGAGUGGAAACUGCACAAAGAAUGGAAUAGUGAAAGAAGCCCAGCAAAAUGGGAAGACACAUAUUUAUGAAAAGCACAUUGUUGAAUCCUUCGAGGAAGCUCCUCUUCAUGUUAUGGUAUUCACUUAUAUGGGAUAUGGAAUUGGAACCCUGUUUGGCUAUCUCAGAGACUUUAUGAGAAACUGGGGAAUAGAAAAAUGCAAUGCGGCCAUAGAACGAGAAGAACAAAAAGAUUUUGUGCCACUAUAUCAAGACUUUGAGAAUUUUUAUAAGCGAAACCUUUACAUUCGAAUCAGAGACAACUGGAACAGGCCCAUCUGCAGUGCCCCAGGGCCUUGGUUUGAUGUGGUGGAGAGGGUGUCGGAUGACUACAACUGGACAUUUAGGUUUACUGGAAGAAUCAUCAAAGAUGUCAUCAACAUGGGCUCCUAUAACUACCUUGGCCUUGCAGCCAGGUACGAUGACUCUAUGAGGACAGUAAAGGAUGUCUUAGAGGCAUAUGGCCUAGGCGUGGCCAGCACCAUGUGUGAAAUGGGUACCUUGGAUAAGCACAAGGAGUUGGAGGACCUUGUGGCUAAGUUCCUGAAUGUAGAAGCAGCUAUGGUCUUUGGGAUGGGAUUUGCAACUAACUCAAUGAAUAUCCCCGCACUAGUUGGAAAGGGCUGCCUCAUUUUAAGUGAUGAGUUAAACCACACAUCUCUUGUGCUUGGAGCCCGACUCUCGGGUGCAACCAUAAGGAUCUUCAAACACAACAAUGCACAAAGCCUAGAGAAACUCCUGAGAGAUGCUGUCAUCUAUGGCCAGCCUCGAACCCGCAGAGCUUGGAAAAAAAUUCUCAUCCUAGUGGAGGGUAUCUACAGCAUGGAAGGUUCCAUCGUGCAUCUCCCCCAGAUCAUAGCUCUAAAGAAGAAAUACAAGGCUUACCUCUACGUGGACGAAGCUCACAGUAUUGGGGCCUUGGGCCCAACCGGCCGGGGUGUCACAGAAUUCUUCGGAAUAGACCCUGGAGAAGUUGAUGUGCUCAUGGGCACAUUCACCAAAAGCUUUGGAGCCUCCGGAGGUUACCUAGCUGGAAGGAAGGACCUUGUGGAUUAUUUACGGGUUCACUCGCAUAGUGCUGUUUACGGUACAUCCAUGAGCCCCCCGAUAGCAGAGCAAAUCAUCAGAUCAAUGAAAUUCCUCAUGGGACUGGAUGGAACCACACAAGGAUUGCAAAGAGUACGGCAACUUGCAAAAAACACAAGAUACUUCAGACAGAGACUGCAGAAAAUGGGAUUCAUUAUCUAUGGCAACGAGAGUUCUCCUGUCGUUCCUGUGCUCCUGUACAUGCCUAGCAAAGUAGCGGCUUUCGCAAGGCAUAUGUUACAGAAAAAAAUCGGGGUGGUGGUCGUUGGCUUUCCAGCCACCCCACUCGCAGAAGCCCGGGCUCGGUUUUGUAUUUCAGCGGCACAUACCCGGGAGAUGUUAGACACGGUUUUGGAAGCCAUUGAUGAAAUGGGUGAUCUCUUGCAUCUGAAAUAUUCCCGGCACAUGAAAUCAGCGCGCCCUGAGCUCUAUGAUGAGACAAGCUUUGAACUUGAAGAUUAAGUUUCCUGGUCCUGAAUGAAACAUAAAGACUUUGCCAGAAAGACCUCCCUCUUUGCCUCAGAGGGAAUAUAAAUGGAUUUCUCUCCCUUCCUAAGGACAAUUUGGUUUCCAGACCAGUUUAAUUGAACCGAGGGAAAUACUGUCCUGUUUUUCAUGUCUCCAGUUCGGGACUGCAGAGAUAAAAACAUGAUUCCAGAUUUAAGUUUCUACUCUCCCAAAUAUUCUGCUAUGAAUACACACACACACACACACUUCUUAGGAUAUUUUUUAUGGCAAUGAGCCUAUGUUUUAGCUGCUACUGUGCAGUCCUUUUGGUCGAGACCCUUUCAGGGGUUCUAACCAAAUAAUAGAAUUUUGAUUUUUAAUUCAGUAAUCAAUGUAUGUGUUUAUUUAUUUCAUCUGCAGACAUGGGUGCAAGUGGUAGACAAUACCUGCCCUCCUUGUUCUACCCAUAAAAGGAUCAGCUAGGACUCAUCUGUAUUAUGGGAAGUUCUAGGCAGGAGGAUAAAGAAAUUGUUGUUUCUACCAUUUGCCACAUUUGGAUGUUUUCCAUGGACAAGUGUCAAAAGACGUAGUUAAUGUUUCGAAGGAGAAAGCAGAACUGUCCAACAGCAACUAGAGAUGUCCUCGAAGGAAACUUUCCUUUUCCUCUUGCUGGUCUUGUACAGUUUUACAGCUGAGCUUUUGAGGUUUGGAAAAUUCAAGAGUUUUGUUUCAGAAGGGGGUAGAACACAAGCACAAGCCAAUCUUAGGCCUAGACUAAAACUGUAAAGUUAUAACAACUUGAAUAUUGGUGCUGUGCAGAGUGAAUGUUUAGUAUGCAUAUCCUUAAUCACUUUAAGGAAUGAAUUGUCAUUUUCAUAUUGGAUUUUGAGUAAAUGGUGAGAUUCUAUUUCCUUUAAAACUGACCCCCAAGACCACACUUGAAGAAUGUAUUGAUUUAAGAAGAACUUUUAAAAGCAAACUCUAACUUUUUCAAGACUGACAUCCCCGUUGAAGCCUAAUAAAUAGUAUUAUCACUUGGCACACACAUUCUGAAUUGGGUCAAAGUGGGCUUGCACGAUUUUCACCAACUAAUUGUAACUUACUUGCAUUUUCUGUCUUUCUGUCUAUCUGUCUCUGGAUGUGAACACAAACUUCUCUGGAAAAGUAGCCCUUUGCUAAUUGGAUCUAGUUGGUGUGGAAAAAGCCCAUGGUAAACCUUAUCUUUAACAAGCUCCCAGAUGGUGCCCAGAUUUGGAAACUCUAAAGAGCAGUGGUGACCUUUUAGCAAUGCUUCUGUAACAGUUUGAAUGAGUUGCAGAACAUUCCACUCCAUCAAAUGACACUGUAAACAAAUCACUUCAAGAGAGGUUUGGCUUUGUGUGACACAGAUGGACCCAAGCUUUCAUGCUGUGCGCUGAGAUAGAAACUUGACCCACAGCGCCAGUGUUGGAUACAGCAGUGCUCCCUGAUGCUCAAAGCCUGUUAAAGGAAAAAGGUGUUCAGUGCGGAAAGCUUUUUAUGGGGAAAUUAUAACCCAAGUAGAUACAUCAGUUUAAAAGUGAACCACAAUCACAGAGUUCCUUAUGAAUGUCUAAGAGUUGUAAGGAGUGCUGCUAGUGACGUGGGUUCUGAAAAUGCAGUUGCCCCAUCCAAUGAUGGAUUUUGAAAACUAAAUUGCAACUCUUCUCAAUGAAACUGGUGUAGCAUCACUUGUGCAAAGAACAUGUAUGUCAUACAUGUGCAAAGAAAGGAAGUGUGUUUAUACUGGUAAAGUAAAUUCAUUCCAUGGCCAACAUUUUCUCCUCAAUGGGACAUUUUGUUCUCUCUUUCCAAGUAACUUUUCUUUCUACAAAAAUAUCUCCUGAAUAUGUGACUUUAAAUGAAAUUGCUCCUAGUUAAUUGUCCCAAAUGCAUGAAUGCCUUGAGUUUUAUAAAGGAAAAAGGAGGGCAAGAGAACAAUGAAACAGGUAAGUAUUCUGCAAGGCAUGCAAUAAACACCCUCCUUCCUUUCUGGGUCUGCAUCUUCACACACACCUUCACACCUAACUUUUGAGCUAUAAGUCCCUAGAUGGGUGUCUUCAUGAGCAGGAAUGUCCACCAUUAUUACUUCCAUGGAAGAGCUUGAGUCUAAUUCACAUAGGAAAGUAAUUACUUACCCUCCUAGCACAGGGGGAGGGGAGGGCAGGGAGGACGUUACCCCCUUUUCCUCAAGAUCCAAGAGUCCUGGAGCAAUUUAUUACAUUCCAAUGUGCAAGAAAAAGGACUUAUUUCUGUCAGAGUCUGUGUUGAACAUACACUUACGGGGACAACUACAAUCCAAGUGGAAUGCUUCCCGAGUGCAUCAGGAGGGCUCCAGAUUCCACCACGGGGCUGAUAGUAUGAGUCUAUGUCAUAUGGAAGAGCAUAGGUUAGAAGAAUAGUUGUGAAUAAUGAGAUUCUCUAGUUUUUAUAAGAAAAAGCUCUUUAUGCUAGGUUAAUAAGACCAUGAUUUUAAUUCAAUGGGGAUCAUUGAGUCUCGAUAACUAUUUAAGAGCCAAAAAUGUCUCUUUGGUUGGGUCUGUUGGGAAAGAGAAUUUUCUACGAGAACUAUAAUGUUAGGUACCUUCACCCUUCUAUUUGCCUGCACACACACAUUUUUGCCUUUACAGAGGAAGCAAGAGUAUAAAAGUAUAGAGAAGAGAAUCUGGUUGGUCAAUAGAUAAA